AUGGCGUAUUCCACCAGCACUCUUGCACAAGGCUGUUUUGGGAAGGUGUACAAGCAGAAGUACAAUGAUACCUGGGCUGCUAUAAAGAAGGUCCCCCAACAGCUCAUCAAUAGGAAGGACCUGGAGAGAGAGUGUGAAGUGUACAACAAAGCAAAUCAUCCCAACAUAGUGAAGCUUCUGGGCAACAUAACUCUCGCAGAUGGAAAAUGGAUAAUUCCUCUAGAGUUUAUCUUUGGAGAGGACUUGGAGACCACCAUCUUCAAAGCAUCAAAGUCUAAAAUACAGUUGACUCCAUCUAAUAAAGGCACUAUCAUCAUCGGCAUGUGUGAAGGGCUGCUUCACCUCCACUCCAAAGAUAUUGUCCAUCAAGACCUCAAGCCUGAAAACAUCAUGGUGGAGCAUAACACAAAUAGAGCCGUCAUCAUCGACCUGGGACUGGCCAAGUUCUUCAGACAUGGUCUUAACUCUGCCAUUGACAUGGGGAACGAGGCCUACUCAGCCCCCGAAGUGCUGCAGAGGACCAGCCAGCGGGACCAACGCUCAGACGUGUGGGCUAUGGGUAAGAUCAUCGCUGAGCUCUGUGCCCGGGUCCGGCUGUACACGCCCAGCGUCUGUCCCGCCAAGAUCACGGAGACCCUGAAGGAUCAGCCGUACUGCCGGGCUGUGUGUAGGAUGGUGGAGAACAACCCUUCCCUGAGGGCCUCCAUGGGUGGGGUCAUCAGUGAGAUACGAAGAGCCGGAGGUGCAGGCAUCGUCAUCGAUAAACCCGUUAAAACAGAACACCUUAAGCCACCUUCAUCCCACAUUAAUGUCACAAACCAGUCUCCAUCUCCAAUGAACAGAGGUGCAUCUCCAAUGAACAGAGGUGCAUCUCCAAUGAACAGGGAUCCGUCUCCAAUGAACAGGGAUCCAUCUCCAAUGAACAGGGAUCCAUCACCGUUUAAUAGAGAUGCAUCACCAAUGAACAGGGAUCCAUCACCGUUUAAUAGAGAUGCAUCACCAAUGAACAGAGCUCCAUCCCCGUUUAACAGAGAUCUGCCACCGCUGAAAUGGGAGCGUUCACCCAGACCAGAACUCAAAGGUUUGCAUCCUCAAGCCGGACUGCACCUCUUUCCUUCCCCUCAGAAGACAGAGGAUAAAAACAAAAACCAGGCUCUGGUCCCGACAGGCGGAGCUGACCUUACCAGAGACUUCAGGAAAAUGAGAUUGUACGAAGAGGCUGCCAAGGAUCUGCCCUGCAACCUGCCCACAACAGGGAGGGUGGUGGUGCGGCGCUUUGAGGAGAAAAAUGGGGAGGUAGAAAAAUGGGAGCAGAAGGAGGUGGUGACUCGUGAUGGGAAGAUAGUCAAGUAUGAUGAUGUCAAGUUUAAUAGCAAGUAGUAGUAAAAUAAGAGUUUUGUCUCCUCAAAAAGGACUGCAUGUGCAGGUUAAACUGGUUAGUUCAGGGUCCACUUUUGGUAUCUUCUUAGGAGAAAAUAAAAUGUAUUUCCAUUGAACUAAGGAGUAAACUGAGAUUCAGCUACAGUAGGCACAUAUUUCUACAGAUAAAAUGGACUUAACAACAACCUUUUACAAUCUUUCCAGCUGGGAGUUUUAAGCUUUAAUAAGAAGAUAUCUUAUCUCUAAAGGCUUUGGUUGUGCUGUAAUAUGAUAUUCAAGCAUGUUAGCAAUUGGAUUGAUCUUCUAAAUUCUUUCCAACCAUCAGUGAAUGUUCUUCAGCAUUUGAAUGUAUA